UACAGAAAUGGUAUAUAUUUAAAUAGUAGGUAUCAGAAACUACUCAUUCCUGUUGAAUAUACUUACGCUUGUUGAAGGAGGAUAACUAAUUAGUCUUGUGUUUGCGAUGUCGCGUUGUUGCUUGUUCAAUACUUUCAUUUCGUAUUAGUUAAUCAAAUUCUACUCGAAAGUUGUAAUUUUCUACUAAAAAAAUUUAAUAAGCUGAAAACAGUAAUAUGACGAAUGCAAUGAAAAUGCCAUUUCCAAUUCCACCAAGUGCUCCAGAAGCAGGAUCUAUUGAAACAAGAGAGUGCAAUAUCGAAGGUGAAAAAGCAUAUAUAAUUACGUGGAUAAUUCCCGAUGUACGAUUACGUCAUUUUUCAAUGACGAGUGAGUCAGAAAGCUAUCUCGUAUCAAAAAAAUUCACCGUGGAAGACGAUGAUGGGAUUACUCUAACAUGGUGUUUAGCGUUUGUACAAGCAUGCCAGAACGAUCGCUUAUGCUAUUAUUUAUAUCUAUGCUUCAUACCGGAGAACGAUUGUAAGGAAGCAUUUCUAAAAAUUGGAGUGACCUUUAGAGAUGAAAGGAGUAGUAAACAGUUCUCUACUAGCGUUGCUGAUUGUAAGUUUGGUGCAACAUAUUCAAAUAGCUCGCUAAGUUUACGGAUAGAUAGCGAUGUAUCAUCCUGCAUUACAGCCCACUGUACAAUAAUUCAACCCCGCUUACAUAAAUUUAGCCUGUCAAAAGAUUUAGGGAAUGUAUUCAAGAAUCAAAUUUUUACCGAUGUCAAGUUAUUGACCAAUGAUGGCAAAGUUUUCAAAGCACACAAGGGGAUAUUAUCUGCUCGUAGUUCCGUCUUUGCUGCAAUGUUCACGGACCAGAUGAAAGAAAAUAAGCAAAACCAGGUUGAAAUCGCAGAUAUGAAUGGAGAAGUGGUCCAAGAUAUGUUACGAUAUAUUUAUACAGAUAAACCAGAAAAACUGCGACUUCUGGCUAAAGAUCUAUUUGUCGCAGCUGUCAAAUACGAUUUGAAGGGAUUGAAGAAGAUGAGCGAAGAUGCGCUUAUCACGAAUUUGUCGAUUUCCAACGCCGUAGAAAUUCUACAUUUUUCUGAAUUGCACAAUGCUACUCGACUGAAAACCGAUGUCGUCAAGUUCAUAACAACGAAAAAAAAUGUCGAAGUGUUCAAGACUGAAGCGUGGAAAAGUUCGGAGCAGACCAAUUUACUCAAAGAAAUAUGUGAAGUUUUGGCGAAUCGUUGAUCAGAUUGCUGUCAAGGAAAUACUUGUAAUUUUAUUUAACCUAUUUUUUUCAUUAAAAAAUUAUCAAAUAUUCA